AUGAAGUACUCCGCUGCCACCGUUCUCGCUGCCGCCACCGCCGUCAUGGCCGGCGCCUACGGCAACAACGUCACCUACACCACCGAGGUCGUUGAGGUUUACACCACCUACUGCCCUGAGCCCACCACCCUCACCCACGGCGACAAGACCUACACCAUCACCAAGCCCACCACUCUGACCAUCACGGACUGCCCUUGCACCAUCUCCAAGCCCGUCCUGACCACCUCGGUCGUUGAGUGCCACGACUGCGCUCCCCCCGCCAAGCCCACCUACACUGCCCCCGCGGUUCCCCACGUCCCUGCCCCGGUCCCCGGCCACAACCAGACCACCACCAAGGUCGUUGUCCCCGUCCCCACCACCGAGGCCCCUGAGACCGUUCCCACCGCCGGUGCCGGCAAGGUCGCCGCCCUCUCUGGCGCUGGUCUGGCCGGUGUCCUCGGCCUCGCCGCUUUCGUCCUGUAA